AUGGCGCUCUACUCUCCGGCUUCCCAACCGACACCUCGGAUCAUCAUCACCAAGCCAGACGAGCAACAGCUCUUGUUGGUCCCAUGGGAUCGCAACUACCUAGCUGCGCUAUGGGUCUCGCAGUUCUUCUGGCUUCUUGUGGGAACGGCCAUGGGACCAUCUGAGCCGCCGGACUAUUCGUGGAGUACGCUCGUCCUUCUGCUGGUGGCAUUGGGCAACCUGAUAAUGGCGUCAACUCUGUUUAUCGAGGCACAUAGAUAUGCAAUAGGGACCUUGACACCAGAGUUCUUCCUCAAGCUGCAGAGAUGUAAGACCGGCUGGGUGCUGGGUGGCACGGUCAUUACGAUCAUGGCACAACUGUCCUCGAAGACGGGGUUAGGUGUUCUCCCAACGGUCAUGAUUGACGUGCUUUACUUGUUACCGUUCGCUGCUGGUUCCUUGUAUGCGAGAGUAGUCAUGAAGAGAAUGAAUGAUGGAGAUGAGGAUCCCGAGAGUGGGAGGGUCAGAUUGGGCUAA